AUCUCCCCCGCCGCCAUUACCGGCCUCCAUCGCCGUUGCCGUGGGAAAUGGCGGCAGCGCCCCAGGACCGGGUUCUCACCCCUUCCCUCCCUCUUCCCUCACCCUGCACCCAGCAGAGGAAAAUACUCUGAAAAUACUUGCUUUUAAUAGGCUUUUUGCUGGACCUCCUGUUGUCUCUCAAAAGUAAAAAGAAAUGACAGAUGAUAAAAAAGAAACAGCAAGAAGUCGUGGGCUUUUUGGAGGCCAACAAGAUUGACUUUCAGCAGAUGGACAUAGCAGGGGAUGAGGACAACAGGAAAUGGAUGAGAGAGAAUGUCCCAGGUGAAAAAAAGCCUCAAAAUGGAAUUCCCCUCCCUCCACAGAUCUUCAAUGAGGAGCGAUACUGUGGGGAUUUUGAAUCCUUUUUCUCUGCAAAGGAAGAAAAUAUUAUUUAUUCAUUCCUGGGCCUUGCUCCUCCUCCAGGCACCAAGGAGACUGAAAAGUCUGAUGCCAAGGAGGAAAAGUCAGAUGCUGUGGAAGAGAAGUCUGAGGCCAUGGAAAAAUCUGAGGCCACAGAGGAAAAAUCUGAGGCCACAGAGGAAAAAUCUGAGGCCACAGAGGAAAAGUCUGAGGCCGUGGAGGAAACUGAGACCCACACAGAAGAUAAGGCAGAUGAAGGGGCUCCUGAAGAGGCUCAGUCUGAUCAGGCACCAUCAGAAGAUCAACAGGAAAACGAGGAAGAACAUGCAGUAACAGGGGAAGAAGAAGAGAAGCAGGAAGAGGGAGAAGGAAAUGAAGAGGUGGAGGAGCAAGAAGAGUCUUAGUACAGCUCCCUGUGACACAUUAUUUCUUGAACAGGUUUUCAGGAAGCACCAGCUGGAGCAGCCCCGCCAAAGAAACUAAAAUUCUUCCCUCAAGCAAACCACCACUACCUUUUGUGCCUGUAGACUUCUGAACCUAUAAAUACAUAGCAGAACACACCACUGUGUCCUCCCUGUGCCCUUUAUAUAUAUAUUUGGUAUUCCAGUUGCUUGUUAAAAUGGAUCUUAUGUCCGACGGAUCAUAUUUCAGUCAAUUGUUAUAUGUUGGAAUAGUGUUGUCCGUGUCACAUUUUAAGCUCCUCAGGGCAGGAACCACGUCUUUCUCCAUGUUUAUGCACUGCCAAACACUUUACUGCCACUCAGCACGGGGAUGUCUUCAGAGAAAGAGAAAUUCAGCACUGAAAACUGCAGAGAGGCACAAGCCAUGUGAGUCACUUCUCCCUCAGCUGGCAUGUGAAAAUGAUUGAGAUUUCCAUUGUGCAGCCGGAUAAAUAAAUGUGUUUUCUGUCAUA